UUGUUGAGCUGCCGUCGUUUUAACAUCAUUGAAGCAGUCAAGUUCAGGGACGUCAUCUCUGCAGGAGAGUCCGUCGGGAGCCAGUCUGCCGUCGUCUGCGAGAAUCAGUUCUCAUCGGGGAGAAGUCAGUCGCGCAGGCACCGUCGGCGACUGCAGAAAGCGCAACUUCCGAGCUCGGACUUCGAUCCUAACCGACGAUCUCACAGGGUUCUCUCUAAGUGCUGCUAGCAGAGCUCAGCCAGGUUCUAGGAAAUGGAUGCCUGUCAAAUAGACCACAAACUCAUUCCGGAAGCUUCUCGAGAGCGAAUCGAACGAAUUUUAUUCGACGUCGGCCAACUCACGGACAUCGAGAAACUCUAUCUUUAUCUAAGACUGCCAUCCGGGGCGAAGCCCUGUCCGCCUUCCAAUAGCUUCUAUCCUCUUCUAGGGAAAAAAUCACACUCUCAGGUCGGACACACUUACGCUUGGAUCCGGGGCCAUCUCGAAGAGGAUCGCGAUGUGUCAUUGCCAAAACAAGAAGUUUAUAACGAGUACAAGGCGUACUUCGAGGCGCACGCACUAGAAGCUCUGUGCACCGCAGACUUCGGAAAAGUGAUGAAACACGUCUUUCCCGCCGUUAGGGCUCGCAGACUCGGAGAACGAGGUAAAAGUCGAUACUGCUAUUCUGGCCUAUCGAAAAAAAUCAAGUCAGAGCCCCCGUCGUUGGGGGAUAUGGAGCAGGGUGGUUGUGAUCCGAAUCCGCCCUCGAAGAAAAUCUCCCAUCUCAGAAUACUGCUCGAUGAAUUCAGCCCACAAUCCCCGGCACCCGCAGAUGCUAUCCUCGAUUCCGGGGUUUCGUCAGUGGCUACGUCACCUCGCGAGCGACCUGCGAGCGGUCCAGGCGUUUUUGGCUAUUAUUCCACCAGGGACAAGGCUCUCGUCGAUUGCCAGGACUUUGGAUCUCGUAAUCGAAGUCAGAGUGCUCCUAUCGAACAACUCGGCGGUAAUGUGAUCGCGCCCGCCGCGGCUUUGCCUGACGACUUCCUCGCUGGCGGCGGGAUCGAGUUCGAUGAUGUUUUCGGCAACAUGGAUUUAUUGACGAGCCCGCCGGAGUGAAAUUUCGCCCUUCUGUAGAGAAGAGAUCUGACGGCAGCCGAAGCCUGAGAUCAUAUCCUACAUGUUUCGUUUUCGAAGCUCCAUUUCCGACGUCCACGGAAUGAAUGACAGGCGAAUCUUCAGAUUUCGGGAGAGCGAAGAUUUUGCUGUGAGCCCAGAGCUUGGAAAUCGGAGCGACUUUUCUCAACUAUACAUACAGGGGCGGGAACUUCCCACAAACUCAACGCUGACUGUGUUCUAAAGGCGGAGCCUGCGA